AUGUCCAAUACUGAGAACAAGUGCUCUGGGACUUAUUGCGACAACGAAGCUGGCACCUUGCAAUGCCCGACGUGUCUGAAGCAGGGUAUCAAAAAUAGCUUUUUCUGCACUCAAGAUUGCUUUAAGAGGAACUGGGCCACUCAUAAAGCCGUGCACAAGACGCAAAAUGUUAGCGGGAGUUACAACCCAUUUCCCGCAUAUCCAUACACUGGCUCGGUCAGACCCGUGUAUCCACUUUCCCCGCGACGACCCGUCCCAAAAUCCAUCAAGCAUCCCGACUGGGCCGUGACUGGUAUUCCAAAGCGUGAGAAUCGCUUAAGUCAGUCCAAAUGGGAUCUCUUGGAUGCAACGGGACAGGAAGCUAUGCGCAAAGUGUGUCGGCUAGCCCGAGAAGUUCUGGACAUAACUGCUGCUGCAAUGAAGCCCGGCGUGACUACGGAUUACCUCGAUGAAAUUUGCCAUAAUGCUUGUGUCGAGCGAGAGUCAUAUCCAUCUCCACUCAACUACAACCAUUUCCCGAAGUCAUUAUGUACAUCGCCUAAUGAGGUCGUGUGCCACGGUAUUCCCGAUGGCCGAGUCCUUCUGGAUGGCGACAUUCUCAACCUCGACAUCUCUUUAUACCAUGGCGGCUAUCAUGCUGAUGUGAACGAGACCUACUACAUUGGUGAUAAAGCCAAAGCGGAUCCGGAUACGGUCAAACUUGUCGAGACGACGCGCGAGGCCUUAGAUAUGGCCAUCGCCAUCAUCAAGCCAGGAACACCCAUUCGCGAGUUUGGCAAGAUCAUUGAGAAACAUGCCACCUCCAGAGGCCUCGUUGUCAUCAAGACGUGGGGCGGCCACGGUAUCAACUCGGAGUUCCAUCCUCCCCCUUGGAUCCCCCACUAUGCCAAGAACAAGGCUGUCGGGACAUGUAAACCUGGCAUGACGUUUACCAUUGAACCCAUUUUGGCGUUGGGCAGCAACCGAGAAAAGUAUUGGCCAGACGACUGGACUAACGUGACGGUUGAUGGCAAGCGCUCAGCUCAGUUUGAACAUACCAUGCUUGUGACAGAAACAGGCGUCGAGGUCUUGACAGCGAGACUCGAAAACUCACCUGGAGGACCAAUCCCGAUACCGGAGGUCGCAGACGAAAAAGCAAAGAAAUGA